AUGGAGCAGUCAAGAGCACUGUGGCCCCUAUCGGAAGUACGUGCAGAGACGGGUGGAGAAAAAGGUCCGCAGCGUAUCACCAGACAGGCCCCAGAGAAGAAAGCAGUGAAAGUGGUUUACGUGUACCCCAGACAAAAUGAGCUCGGGGGAAGUGGCAACGCUGUGGCCUCGCGAGGGGAGCGUCCGAGGCAGGGCGAAUACAGCGAGCACAGGAGAUGCUACAAUUGCCAAAGGAUAGGGCACAUUGGUAGAGAUUGCCCGUUGAAGAAAAACCCCAAUCUGGGAGUGAAAUGUGAAUUGAUAGAGAGUGCGGAAACACCACUGGUGGGAAGGACAGUGUCGGUCAAAGCUAGGCUACUGAAUAUGAGUGUGCCUGCAAUUCUCGACACAGGUUCAAUGGUGAGCAUUAUGCCAGUGGGUGUGCUAGCAAGAGCACAGAAGACAGGCUUCGAUGUUGACAGCCUGGAGGUGAUACCUAAAGGGUCUAUGGUACCGGUGUUGGACGCGUCGGGUAACAGCAUGACCUUUUUGGGAGCAGUCUUUGACUGCUCCCACAAACUAGAAGGAGGCGAUAGGGCAGAAGUGGCCUUCCACAUAUCGGAUGUGAAAGAGGGAGAAAUACUGUUAGGUACAAAUGCUUUGAAAGAGGUGGGUGUCCAGGUAGUGCUGACACGAAGAGGGUCUGAGGUUAGGAAUAAAGACCUUGAAAGAGUACCGAAUGACGGUAUUCCGCGGUAUAUGAUGGACAAGAGUAAAAGAGGCUAUAAGACGCAGCUGCUACAGGCUGUUGCUGAGGUUCAUAACAAGGAGAAGGAGUUUAACGUCGGUAAGCGUGGGAAGGUGAAGCAUGAGUAUGACUGUCGCCACAAGAUGGGACAGAGGAAACCUCAAAAACGGAAGAUUCUGUUCAUAGGCUGUCACCUAAACGGAGAGCAGGGUAUUCUCGCCCGAGAUUGA